CGCUGCCCCCUCUGCCAUCGCUAUAACUACCUCUCCCUCUGACCCUCCCCUCUCUCUGAAGCUUUUUAGAGAGCUAUAAAGAAUUGGAGAGACCCACACAGCUAAUUCCCCCCUCUCCGUCACUCUCCUCUCUCUCUCUCUCUGUAUAUACAAAUAACGUACAAUACAACAAUGGACAUGUACGGACUCUCAGCACCAGAUCACUUCCGCAUUGACGACCUUCUCGACUUCUCCAACGACGACCUCUUCAUCUCCUCCGCCGCAACAUCCUCCUCCUCCGACAAUCACCCCAUCCCUCACACGCUCGAAAACGCCUCUCUCCCUUCCUACCCUUCCAUUUCCAAAACUGAUUUAACCGCCGACGACCUCUGUGUCCCCACUGAUGACGUGGCGGAGCUUGAAUGGCUAUCGCGAUUCGUCGACGACUCAUUCUCCUAUUUUCCUCUCACCGGAACCCUGCCGGUACGGUCAGACACGGCAUUUUCUGGCAGAGCUCGAACCAAGCGGUCGAGAGCCACGAAUCCAGCCAUAGGAGCGGCAUCCGUUGAUUCUACAUGUUCUGCGGCGUCGACGGAGGGAGGUGUUCGGAGGUGCACUCACUGCGCUUCAGAGAAGACUCCGCAGUGGCGGACAGGACCACUGGGUCCCAAGACGCUGUGCAACGCUUGCGGUGUGAGGUACAAGUCAGGCCGACUGGUCCCAGAGUACCGUCCGGCGGCAAGCCCGACGUUCGUGCUAACUCAGCACUCGAACUCACAUCGGAAAGUAAUGGAGCUCCGGAGGCAGAAGGAGGAGAUGAGGGAGCAGAACGUAGAGUUACAGCAGGAGGAACAACACCAUCACCAAUACCGUCAUCAAGUCUUCUGACGUGGCAAACUUCUGGUUUCGUGUCCAUUGAUAUCGCACUGAGUCAUGUUAUCAAAACUCAAUUUUCUUUUCUUUCCUCUUCGUUAAAUAUUUUUGUUGGAGAAAAUCAGCUUAAGAAGAAAUUGAUUUCUCCUCUCUUUUUCUUUUUGGCAUUAAAGCUUUCAACUACCAUUGCCAUCUUUGCAAA